CGCUCCUGUCUCUCUUGCCGGGUUUCGGUCUUUAGGGCUGAGCAGGAAGUGGCUGACUGUGGACCCUGGACGAGAGGAAAAGGCAAGAAAAAAGGCUACAGGGAAUUAGAAAAAUGGAUAUGGUGACGGAUGUGGGGGUGAAUAGGCUCUAUCGGGCGUCGGGUGAAUCCAACCACCAGCAGCCUCAGAGAUGGUUCAACACGGCCGACAUCACAGUGGCUCACCAGACCAGCCUGCUCAAGCAGCUCAACCAGCAGAGGCGUCAGGAGCUCUUCUGCGAUUGCAGCGUGCUGGUGGAGGGCCACCUCUUCAGGGCCCACCGCAACGUCCUGUUCGCCAGCAGCGGCUACUUCCGCAUGCUGCUGUCCCAGGCGCCAGACGGCAUGUCGGAGUCUGUGAACGCCACCUUCGAUGUCUUCAGCCCUGAGACCUUCACCGUCAUCCUGGAUUUCAUCUACUCGGGCCAGCUGGACCUGUCCAGUCACAACGUGAUUGAGGUGAUGUCUGCGGCCAGUUACCUGCAGAUGAACAACGUUAUCAACUACUGCAAGAACUUCAUUAAGUCCUCUUUGGACAUCAGUGCGAAAGACGAAGACAGCGAUCGUUGCCACAGCUUGUCAGAGACGUGCAGCUUUACCAGUGGCGCAGGAGAGGACGCUGGAGAGCAGCAGCAGCAGCAUGCAGACCCUCGUUCAGUCAGUCCACCUCCAGCACUUUGGACCAGGGACAGCUCCAGGUCCCAAUCUAGCUACAUAGGGAAGGACUUGGAGCAGGACAUUUCAACAUCAGCCUUGAAGACAAGCCCUAACAGUCCUGCUAAUGAGCUUAACACAGACUUAGAGGACCCCCAAGACCCUCUGUACACAUUACCCGUGUCUGAGCGGCGGCGUUCCAGAGGAGCAAAUAAGAGGAAGGCGUCCAACAACACCCGUUCGAACCAGAAUGAGGACCUGGACAUCCAGGAAGCGAGGACACAGAAGGCGGAGAAGGCGGAGGAACUUUACAACAAUUUACCGCCUAUUGUGGGUGUUAUUGGACACUUUAACAAAGAGUCCAACCCCAUAAUGCGCUUCAAAUGCCCCUUCUGCACACACACGGUGAAAAGGAAGGCAGACCUUAAGCGCCACUUGCGAUGCCACACGGGCGAGAGGCCGUAUCCCUGCCAGGCCUGCAAUAAGCGCUUCACUCGCCUGGAACAUCUACGCAGCCACUUUGAGACGAUCCAUCAAGCCAGGAAGCUGGUGUGCAGAAAGUGCAAGUGUCCGGUGACCGAGGCGACGGGCCACGUGGUCUGCGAGGGCACACGGCGCUUCCGCAUGUGCGCCACAUGCAUCCAGGAAGUGGGCUGCGACAGCAUGCCCAUGGACAGUCUGGAAGAAACCAACGAGGAGCCGGCUCUGUUGCUGGGCGUGGAUGGUGAGGAGGAGGAGAGUAACAGGGCCUGGGUGGCAACGGACGACGAUGACCUGGCGGAGGACUCGGGGGCUGACCUCAUCAUUCAACAAGUGGAUGACAGCGAUGAGGAGCUGCAGUGAUAGUGGACCAAAGUGUGUGUGUGUUUGCGUUAGAGUGUGUGUGCAGAGGCAUGUGCAAAUAUUGACUGUUGGUGAGCAUGUUCAAGCCAUACCUGAGAAUGUGUGCUUCAAAUAUGUUUAUACUUUUACUAUUUGAGUUUACUAUGAUAUUAUCCUGUAGGGCUGAGACUUUAUUUUAUACUUUUGUGACAGGUUUUAUCACAUAUAUGCAGUAUCCAAAGCAUGCAUCUUGUGUGUUUCCCUUGCUUUGUUUAGGUGUUAUAAUAUGAUAUUGUUUCAUAUAAUGGGAACCUUUUUGCUUUUAACAGCUUUGGCAAAAUUUGGCACUUGAGGAAUGAACAAUGGAGGACUGAAUGAUUUUCAAUGUCUUGCUCAUUUUAUUCACUUAAAUAUGCACUAUGCUGUAAAGCCAAUUAUAAUUUAUUUCUUCUUUUUUACUUUUGGACACAUUAAAGAUAUUUUUCUAGACCUUAA